CAAGCCAGCCAGGAAGGAGGAGGCAGCCAGAGUGGCCACCACUGCUCUCUGCAGCAGAAGACCCCCUGCUGCCAGAACGAAGUCUCCACCAGUUUCAAGUUUCAUUUCUGGAUAAGGAUGUCUCAAGAUAACCCAGUUGCCCUGACACUGAGAAGAUUGUUAGAGUUUCCUACAAGAUCUGUGUCAAACACCACAGCUGAGAUGCUUCAAAGCCAUGUGCUCAAAGUUGCUUUGCCUGUCCUCUUUGCAGUUAUCUUCAGUAUCAGCGUUCCUCUCAAUUCUAUCUCCUUGUGGUUCCUUUGUCGGUAUUCAAGGCCUUGGACUCCCAUCAUAGUCUUCUCCAUUAAUCUGGCCAUCUCAGACUUGCUAUACAGCAUGCUCCUUCCUUUUCAAAUAAUCUAUCAUAUUAAUAAUAAUAAUUGGCCUUUUGGGGAUUCUCUGUGCCGUAUCAUCACCGUUCUGUUCUAUGGAAACAUGCAUGGUUCAAUGUUAACCAUGAUGAGUAUCAGCAUUGAACGCUACCUAGGAAUUGUUCACCCCUUGCGCUACAAAGCCAUCAGGCCCAUUAGAACAUCGCUCCUGACCUGCAUAGUCAUUUGGACACUUGUUUUAUUGCCCCUCAUCCCCCUCAUUGGAAAUACGCUAACCAUUCGUGUAAAGCAGCUGUCAGUAGUGACUUGCUUCGAUGUUUUGCCUGCAGAAAUGUUUAAAACAAAAAAAGAGUUCAUCAUUUACUUUGCCUCUCUGAUGUUGAUCUUCCUUUUGCUACCUCUUCUCAUUAUGGGAUUUUGUUACAUCUCUAUCAUCCGAACACUUCUUCAUUCCUCUUCCACCCAACACAGAGAAUCUAAGAAGCAGACUGUCUAUUUGAUAAUGGUGGUGUUGCUGCUGCUCACUGUUUGUUACAUACCUCAUAUUGUCAUAGCAGUGUUCCAUUAUGUCCUCACUUUCCAAGAAAGGUCAGUUUACGUGGCAUAUAAACUUGCAGUUGCAAUCCAUGGCUUCAAUUGCUGUGCUGACCCCUUUGUUUAUUACUUUGGCUCUAAAGAGUUUCGGCGGAAGAUACAAAAGAAGCUCUGCAGGUGUGUGGCUGUUGGCUUCAGUGAAAAUACACCAAUUUUUUCAGAACAUGACAUGCAAAUCAUACCAAUACCAAAGGUGCCACAAGAAUAGUGUGUAUUGUUCUAGAAUGUCAUAAACUGGUAAUUGCACUGAAUUGUCAUCAAGGGUGAUUUCUUUGUACAACCUCAACUGUGCAAAUCACACAGGAAGCACUUCUGAUAGCACAAAAAGGGGCAAUAAACUCCAUCCAUUAUUCCAAGUGCAUACUGAUGUCAAAUUCCAACCAGACUUAUGUGAAUAAGGAAUACUUCUUUGACUAGGAUGCAGCUUUUUAUGGAACUUGUGAUACACAAAAGUAGUGUGGACAGAAUAUUCAUUUAGCCACUUUAGACUGUUUAGGAUAGAUGCACUAAAUACCUACAGAAAUCAUGGUUGACUGGAAGCAGUCCUGUUUUGAGACAAUCUUCCGGGAAUGUCAUGAACUACCCAGCCACAAACAAUCUUAAAACAUUGAAAUACUGGUCUGCUCUCCUUUAAUAUUGAUUCUAAUCUAACAAAGCUGUGUAUAGAUACAGUGAGUUCUGUGUGAAAUAUAUUCAUUAGGAAGCUUGCUAUCUUCUGAUAUUACAGAUGCCAUUCUUAAAAAUCCUACAACCAUGCAAUUCUAAUAAAACAAUAUAAAUUGUGUAUAUGUUUUUAUCUUAAGGAAAGCCAAUCUUCUUCUUUGUGGAGGUAUCAGUGAAAUAUAUCAGAGAAGGUCGUAGUUAUAUCAGGGAAAACACACGGCUAAAUUAGAGACAAUAAGUGGAAUCCAAUAGCAAAAUCUGUGGAUUUAACUACUUCAGGCUCUAGUGGCAGAACUGUGUGUGUUUGAUUAGUCCCCCAUAAAACAUACUAGAAAAGUCAAGGAGCCUAUCUAGAGGGAAAAUAGUUCCAUCUGGAAUGUUGAUAUCCAUGGGGAAUGUUGUUGGCUGUAUAAAUGAA